AUGUCCACCUCCCCCUCCGCCGCCACCCCCCUGCUCGCGCUCCUCCGCCGCAACGCCGCCAACCCCGCCGCCGCGCUUCGCCUCUUCCUCGACCUCUCCUCCCCGGCAUCCCCUCCGCCGCCGCACUCCACCUCGUUCCUCUCCCGCCUCCUCGCCGCCGAUCCCUCCGGCCACCCGCUCCUCCCGCGCCUCCUCGCCCACAUCCUCUCCCUCCCGGACCCCGCCCCGCACCUCCUCGCGCUCCUCUCCGCCGCAUCCGCCUCCCCGCGGGUCCCACUCGACUUCUCCCUCUCCGCCUUCCGCUCCCUCCGCGCGCUCCCUGGCCCCGCGCUCCGCCCGCCGCCCACCCCCGUCUACAACCGCCUCCUCCUCGCCGCGCUCGCCGAGUCCCGCCUCGACCUCGUCGAGUCGCUCUACAAGGAUCUCCUCCUCUCCGGCGCCGCACCCGACGUCUUCACCCGCAACACCCUGCUGCAGGCGCUCUGUGCCGCCGGCCGCAUGGACCUCGCACGCAGGGUGUUCGACGCGAUGCCCGCCAGGAACGACUUCAGCUUCGGGAUCCUGGCGCGAGGGUACUGCCGCGCGGGCAGGAGCGCCGACGCGCUUGGGGUGCUCGACGAAAUGCCGAGGAUGAACCUGGUGGUCUGCAACACGGUGGUGGCGGGGUUCUGCCGGGAGGGCCAGGUGGACCAGGCUGAGAGGCUGGUGGAACGGAUGCGGGCGCAGGGGCUCUCGCCCAAUGUGGUCACGUUCAAUGGCAGGAUCUCUGCGCUCUGCAAGGCUGGCCGGGUGCUGGAGGCAUACAGGAUAUUCAAUGAUAUGCAGGAGGCCCUGGAGCCAGGUCUGCCGAGGCCUGACCAGGUGACGUUCGACGUGAUGCUCAGCGGGUUCUGUGAUGCCGGGAUGGUGGAUGAGGCAAGGGUGUUGGUGGACAUUAUGAGAUGUGGUGGGUUCCUGAGGAAGGUCGAGAGUUACAACCGCUGGUUGUCAGGAUUGGUGAGGAAUGGUAAGAUCGGAGAGGCGCAAGAGUUGCUGAGCGAGAUGGCUCAUGAGGGUGUCCAGCCUAAUAGCUAUACAUACAACAUCAUUGUCGAUGGAUUGUGUAAGGAGGGCAAGUCGUUUGAUGUAAGGAGAGUGGAAGAUUUUGUGAGGAGUGGUGUGAUGACACCAGAUGUUGUGACUUAUACUAGUUUGCUCCGUGCUUAUUGCUCGAAGGGAAACACUGUCGCUGCCAACAGGAUCCUUGAUGAGAUGGCACAGAAGGGGUGUGCCCCAAAUUUGUUCACUUACAAUGUUUUGCUGGAGAGUUUGUGGAAAGCUGGUAGGACUACAGAGGUAGAAAGGUUGUUGGAGAGGAUGGGUGAGAAAGGAUAUAGCUUGGAUACAACAAGCUGCAAUAUCAUUAUUGAUGGACUAUGCAGAAGCAGUAAAUUAGAUAUGGCUAUGGACAUUGUCGAUGAAAUGUGGAAUGAAGGAAGUUUGUCUCUUGGCAGAUUGGGUAGUUCGUUUUCAAGUUUAGCGAGUGAUUCUUUCCUCAGCAAAAAAUGUCUACCUGACCGAAUCACUUACACAACUUUGAUGAAUGCAUUGUGCAAAGAAGGAAGGUUCGACGAAGCAAAGAAACGAUUACUUGAGAUGAUAGCAAAAGAUAUUUCUCCUGAUUCAGUUAUAUAUGAUACCUUUAUUCACGGUUAUUGCAACCAUGGCAAGACAUCUUCAGCCAUUAAGGUUCUGAGAGACAUGGAAAAGAAAGGUUUCAAUCCAAGCACAAGGUCAUACAACUUGUUGAUUUGGGGAUUUCAAGAAAAACACAUGUCGGAUGAAAUCCUUGAAUUGAUGAGUGAAAUGAAGGAGAAGGGGAUCUCUUCUAACGUCAUGACCUACAAUAGCUUGAUAAAAUCCUUUUGUGAACAAGGAAUGAUGAACGAAGCAAUGCCUUUGUUAGAUGAAAUGUUACAGAAUGAAAUAGUUCCUAAUGUGACUUCUUUUGGCUUGUUGAUCAAGGCUUUUUGUAAGAUUGCAGAUUUCUCUGCAGCUCAGAGGGUAUUUGAUGUUGCUUUGAGUACAUGUGGUCAGAAGGAAGUGCUCUAUUGCUUAAUGUGCGCCGAACUCUCCACUUAUGCUAGGUGGAUAGAAGCCAAGAACAUUCUUGAAAUAGCACUUGAAAUGAGAAUCCCUAUCCAAAGUUUCCCAUAUAAGAAGAUCAUCGUGGGGCUCUGCAGUGUUCAUGAGGCAGACCAAGCACAUAGUCUUCUCAAGUUGUUUAUAGCUAAAGGAUAUUCAUUUGAUCCAGCCACAUUCAUGCCUGUCAUAGAUGCACUAAGUGAAACGGGAAAGAAGCAGGAUGCUGAUGUACUGUCGGAAAAGAUGAUGGAAAUGGCAGAUGGUAAUGUUGGUCAUGCUGCUGUUUCUGGUGUGGUUACCACUGGAAGCCGGAAGCAUGAGCAUGACAAGUAUGCUGAAAGUGAUUGGCAUUCCCUUCUGCACAGAGAUGACAGUGCUCGCACGAUUAUGAAAAUUACCAAUAGAGUGAGAACAGGAUGGGGCCAAAGAGGCAAUAUAUACGAGCAUAAAAGGCAGCAGGAUGAUGACAUUUAUGUACUUGAGAACAGUGGCUGAAGAGAAGAUUCACUGGUGAUUUGGAGUAGUUGCUGUCACGAAUGUUGUGCACAGCGACAUGCCCUGAUGCUGUUCCAGAUUGCAUACUGGCAAAAGGGGACGAGGAGGAGGAUUGGGGUGAGG